AUGGUGUACCUGCCGUCGUUUGUGCUUCAUCGUCAUGACCGGUGCCUGCGGAGCGGUGGUGGAGUUGCUCUCUAUGUCAGGGAUGACCUGAUGUCUAAGUGUGUAUUGUCCUCUACGAAUCUAGUAGAUAAGCAUCCAGAGUAUUUGUUUGUUGAAGUUUCAGGAUCAUCUAAGGAGCGAAUCUUGGUAGGAUUUGUUUACAAGCCCCCUAAUACUGGUCAUCUUGAUGAUUUGGAGGAUGAUCUUGAAGCUGCUGUUGCGACCUACAGAAAUAUAAUUAUUAUGGGCGACUUCAACUCUGAUUUGAGCUCCAGGAACUUCUACGGUGAUCAGCUGCGUAGACUAUGUGUUAGUUUUAAUCUGAAUAUCGUUCCAUAUGAGACGACGCAUCACCUUCAGAACUCUGAUACGUGGCUUAAUGUCUGUGUUGUUGAUGAUGCUGCUAAGAUCCUGUCUACUGAGCAAUCUGCCCAGCCGUUUUUGUCUGAUCAUGAUUUAAUAUCUAUUGAGUAUAACUAUAAGGUAGAGCAGCAGAAAUUGAGGAGCUUUACAUAUCGGAGCUGGCAUAGUAUUGAUGAUGAACUACUGGAACGGCUGUUUAAUGAGGUUAACAUUGAGGAUAUGGAACUGCAAGCGUCUGUUGAGGAUAUGAAUGUAUGGUUUCAUCGGCAGCUUCGUGAUAUUAUUGAUGCUGUUGCUCCUGAGAGAAUGAUCAGCCCUCGUCGCCCCCCAGCGCCGUGGUUUACUAGCUACAUCAGGGAUCUUCCGGCUCGUCGUGACAAGCUGUAUAGGAUCUUCAGGAGAACUGGCUAUGCCUAUAAGGAGUAUACUGAUGUGCGGCGUUUGGUGAAGCAGCGAAUAAGUGAAGCUAAAAAGCGCUAUUUUGAUAGUCAAUUAAGUUCUGUGAAAAGUGCACAAGCCAUGUGGAACGAUCUGCGUAGGCUUGCUCUGAUAAAGCGUAAGGGUGCUCGGUCUGCUAUUGGAGUGGAUUUGAAUGAGUUAAAUGACUAUUUUGUACAGUCGUCUGGUUGUUCUGUGCUUAAGGUUGAUGAGUCUGAUAUUACAACUCACUACGGUGGCAAUGAUAAUGUAUGUUUUAGUUUCUCGGAGCUUGAUGAUAAUGUUGUUAAGAGGGCAAUAAUGCGGCUUACUUCCAAUUCUGUUGGCCCCGAUAAUUUUCCAAUUAAAGCCUAUAAAUGUUUGCUUUCAUUUGUGUUGCCAUUUGUGACACUACUUUUUAAUAGUUCGUUAAAUUCAGGCGUAUUUCCGAAAGAUUGGAAGUUAUCGCGUAUUGUCCCGAUACCAAAGAGGUUGAAUGCGGAGGUGUGUGCAGAUUUUCGGCCAAUAUCGCUGACAAGUAACUUGUCAAAGGCACUUGAGCGCUGUGUGCAUGAUUAA